AUGGAAUCGUCCGUGACACAAAAGAUCUCCUAUGUUCCUCUGGUUUCGUCUUACAGCAGCCGCAGUAAACGUAGAUUAAGUCGCUCUGAGCGCACACAGAAACGUCGGGAGGUAUUUCGUCGUAAAGGAUCCAAAAUACUUCCAGACUUUUUCCCACCUGACGAGCUGACGAAGAAAACUAUGAAUGAUGAAAAGUUCGAUCCUUCUAAAGGCACAGACAUAAGGAAAUAUUAUUCUUGGGAGAACGAAGAAAAAGGCCGGUCUGAAGUGGAAAAAAUCAAGGAAUCUUGGAUGAUGUACUUUGGCCUUACCAAGGCAUGA